AUGAGCUCAACCUCCCCUGCCGCCUCCCCAUCUGUCAUCAGUAAGACAAUCCCGUCGCUGAUCGAUGGCGUUAAAAUAUACGCCGAAGCUAUUGGCAAUCCCGAGCAUCCAGCGAUAGUCUACAUACACGGGAAUUCGACCUCGUCCGGCGUGUGGGACAACCAAUUCUUCGAUCCCCGUUUGAGUCAACAUUUCUAUCAAAUUCGGUUUGAUUUACGAGGACAUGGUUUGAGCGAGACUCCCGGGGAAGAUGUCGAAGGGCCAUUCAACAAUGACAGACAAGCAAGUGAUGUUGCGGCCGUCCUGAAAGCGUUUUCGGUCGAGAGGCCUCUGUUUGUCAGUUGGUCGUAUGGCGCUCUGAUUCCUGGAGACUACAUGAGUGUUUAUGGCUGUGAUAAUAUCCGUGGUAUUGUCGUCGCUGAUGGGCUGACGGGACCUCCUGAGGAGUCUCACCGUUUCUUCACUCAUCCUCCUUUCCCCGGUUUUACCGAUAACAGCGAUGCCACUAAGAUGCAUCAAGCGUAUGGAUUAUUCAUUCAGUCGCUUACUUAUCGUACUCGCGCAUGGAUCUUCAAGCGUAAGAAGAACUGGGAUUGCUAUAUGAACGAAGCCUCGAAGAAGGUACCGAAGCUAGUCAUCUUCGGGCGACAAGAUGGCAUGAACAGCCUCGAUUUCAUAGAUUAUAUCAGAGCCAAAUGGGACGAGUCGUUGUUCACAAGCAAGCUCAUUGAUGAAGCGGGACAUGCAUCAUUCUUGGAGAAACCCCUGGAAUUCAACGAAAUUCUCUAUGCUUGGGCGAAGGAUAGGGCUUGA